GGGGUGGGACCAGCUAAUAAACGCAACAAAAAUCAUAUAAAUAACAAACAACUGAUUGCAAAAAUAUUCUAAACUUUUCGAACUAACAAACAAGAUGGCAACCAAAUUUUUAGUUCUCGCCGCAUUCAUUGCAGUAGCUAAAGCCGGUUCUUAUGGAUCAGGUUUCGGCUACGCCGCGCCAGCUGUUGUCGCUCACGGAUCUCACGAUGCCAUCUCUACCUACUCCACUGUGCAACAUCAUGCUCCAGCCGUACACUCCUAUGCUGCUCACGCUCCCCUCGUUCAUGCUCCAGUUACCCAUUCCUACGCAGCUCCUUUGGUUCAAGCUCCAGUCGCUCACGCUUACGCUGCUCCCGUUGCUCACGUUCACGCUGAACCCUCUGCACCAGCCCAUUACGACUUCGCAUAUGGAGUAAGUGACCCCCACACCGGAGAUGCUAAGAGCCAACACGAAUCUCGUCGUGGAGAUGUUGUUCACGGAAGCUACUCCCUCGUAGAAUCCGAUGGAACCAAACGUACUGUAGACUACACUGCUGAUCCACACCAUGGAUUUAAUGCUGUUGUACACAAAGAACCUACCGUACAUGCUGUUGCUCCAGUUGUUGCCAAAAUCGUAGCCCCAGUAGCUCAUGCUGCUUAUGCUGCUCCAGCGGUUCAUGCCGCUUACUCUGCUCCAGCAGUUCAUGCUGCUUACUCUGCUCCAGCAGUUCAUGCUGCUUACUCUGCUCCAGUUGUCCAUGCUGCCCACGCUGCCCCAGUUGCCCAUGCUGCUUAUGCUGGUCCAGUUGCCCACGCCGCUUAUGCAGCACCAGCUCUACAUGGAUACGCUAGCUCUGUUGCUCAUGGUUACACUGCUCCUUUGGCUCAUGGUCAUCAUGCUUAUGCUGCUCAUGCUCCAGUCCUUUCACAUAACUUGUGGUACUGGUGCUGCAUAAGCGGCGUGGGCUACUGGAGCAGCAUAAGCAGCAUGAGCAACUGGGACAGCAUGAGCAACAUGAGCAACUGGAGCAGCGUAAGCAGCAUGGGCAACUGGGGCAGCAUAUGCAGCAUGAGCUACUGGAGCAGCAUGAGCUACUGGGGCUACGAUUUUGGCAACAACUGGGGCAACAGCAUGUACGGAAGGUUCUUUGUGUACAACAGCGUUAAAUCCAUGGUGUGGAUCAGCAGUGUAGUCGACGGUACGUUUGCUUCCAUCGGAUUCCACGACAUCUCCGGUGUGAGGGUCACUUACUCCAUAUGCGAAAUCGUAGUGGGCUGGUGCAGAGGGUUCAUCAUGAACGUGAGCAACAGGAGCAGCGUAAGCGUGAGCGACUGGGGCGUGAACCAAAGGAGCUGCGUAGGAAUGGGCAACUGGAGCAUGGACAAGGGGAGCGUGAGCGGCAUAGGAGUGUACGGCUGGAGCAUGGUGUUGAACAGUGGAGUAGGUAGAGAUGGCAUCGUGAGAUCCUAUUGUGAAGUUUACGAACUAAAAAACAUGGCAGCCAAAUUUAUAGUCCUCGCCGCAUUCAUUGCAGUAGCUCAUGCUGGUUCCUGGAGCUCAGGUCUCGGCUAUGCCGCACCAGCUGUAGUUGCUCAUGGAUCUCACGAUGCUAUCUCCACCUACUCCACUGUUCAACAUCAUGCUCCAGCCGUACACUCCUACGCUGCUCACGCGCCCCUCGUCCACGCUCCAGUUGCUCAUUCCUACGCAGCUCCUUUGGUUCACGCUCCAGUCGCUCACGCUUACGCUGCUCCCGUUGCUCACGUUCACGCUGAACCCUCUGCACCAGCCCAUUACGACUUCGCAUAUGGAGUAAGUGACCCCCACACCGGAGAUGCUAAGAGCCAACAUGAAUCUCGUCGUGGAGAUGUUGUUCACGGAAGCUACUCACUCUUGGAAUCCGAUGGAACCAAACGUACCGUUGACUACACUGCUGAUCCACACAAUGGAUUUAACGCUGUUGUACACAAAGAACCUGCCGUGCACGCUGUUGCUCCCGUUGUCGCUAAAGUUGUAGCUCCAGUUGUUGCUAAAAUCGCAGCCCCAGUAGCUUAUGCUGCUCCAGUAGCUCAUGCUGCCUAUGCUGCUCCAGUAGCUCAUGCUGCUUAUGCUGCUCCAGUUGCUCACGCCGCUUAUGCUACCCCAUCUGUUCAUGAAUACGGCAGCUCUGUUGCUCAUGGUUACGCUGCUCCUUUGGCCUAUGGUCAUCAUGGUUAUGCUGCUCAUGCUCCAGUACUCUCACACAACUUAUGGUAAUUGUGAAAAGAAAUUAUUAUAGGUCUUGUAUAUAACUUAUUUAUGCUCAUUGAAAUACAAUAGAAAUUGUUAAAAAACAUA